CAAAUCCCGGAGCUCCGUCGCGAACUCAUCCAAAUUCGCCAUCUCCCCCUAUUACCAACGACGACAACGACAACGAAGAAGAGACGCGCCGCCAUCGAUCUCGGCCCGCCAAACACAGCAUGAGUUCAUGAGAACAGGGUCCUAUCGUGCCCUUGCUGCUGUCAUUCGUCAGUCACAGCCCGCCAUGGCCCUCCCUCUCGUGAGAGGCCAUCCCGUCCGCGGACUCUGGAUCGCGUUCCUCCAUCUCCUUUUCGCGGCUUCGGUAUGCGCCUACACACCGCUCUCGGCAGACGUGCUCAAGAACGUCACGGUAUCCGAGGCCGACUUUGACAUUCACAACGGCCCAUUGCUGGCCCCCAUUCUCAUCCCCCGAGUGCCCGGCACGGACGGGCAGCUCAAAACUCAACAGCAUUUCGUCGAUUUCUUCACCAAGAACUUACCGAAAUGGAAUAUCCAAUGGCAAAACUCAACGGAUAAGACACCCGCCACGGGAAAUACCGAUAUCCCGUUUCAGAAUCUCAUCAUCAGGCGCGAACCACCAUGGACGAAGCCUGGCCAGGCCAACUAUCUCACCCUAGUGGCGCAUUACGACAGCAAGAUCGAACCCAAGGGCUUUAUCGGCGCGACGGAUAGCGCUGCGCCGUGCGCUAUGCUUCUGCACGUUGCGAGAGCACUGGACCCGAUGAUGACCCAGAUGUACGAUGAGAUGGUUGCUCUCGGAGAGAACGGUGGCACAGUUCCCCAGGAUAUGGGUCUGCAGAUCCUGCUUCUCGAUGGAGAGGAAGCUUUCAAGUCCUGGACGGAUACCGACUCACUAUAUGGUGCAAGGUCCCUGGCCCUCGAAUGGGAGAACACAUUCAACCCCGCCAUGUCUCAUUACAAGAACCCACUAGAGCAGAUCAGCAUGUUCGUCCUGCUUGACCUCCUCGGCUCAGCAGAGCCCAAGGUCCCUUCCUACUUUCAGUCAACCCACUGGGCCUACAAGGCCAUGGCCGACAUUGAGAAGCGCAUGCGUGAUCUCAACUUACUCGAGAGCAAGCCCAAGAUGCCGUUCCUCUACGACAUCAAUAAGGUGAACCAGAUGUUUGGGCGUAGCGGCAUUGGUGACGACCACGUCCCCUUCAUGAUGAAGGGUGUUAACAUCUUGCAUAUGAUUCCCUCGCCUUUCCCCGACGUAUGGCACACGACGCAGGAUGAUGGGGAGCACCUCGAUAUGCCGACGGUGAGGGACUGGACCAAGAUUGUGACGGCGUUUACGAUGGAGUGGCUUGAUGCGAUGGAAAUAAUGUCCGAAGAGGCUCAGAGGUAGCAUACCUAGAAUUACAUCUUUGUUCGUGACCACCUCUGUUCAUCGCUUGGUUUGGUGUAACCCGAAGCCAAAGGAUCGAAUCAUCUUGCGGGUGGUGUUCCGACUUUUCGUUCUCACACAACGCCUUUGUUGCGAGUUCGGUAUACCAUUCAAACGCUUUACCUCAUUGCGUUUCGUGGCG